CCUCAUGUCGCCUCAAUUUGCUUUUUCGCUUGCUCGGGAGUUAGGGCUCCCGGAAACCUAUGGCGGGAGAUAGAAUGGACCGUAAGAAUGCAACUUUUGAUUGACACAUCGCAUUAUGCCAGCGCUGUUCUCUACGGUCGAUUGUGGCGCCGUUUCACAUCACGAACCACUGUACAGCAAAUUACAUGCGUGGGUAUUGGGGGCGGCAGUGAUACUGUCAGGAUGUUGUCCGCCCAACGAACGCUGAUCCAGGAUCCUGUGUCAGAUCCUCAUAGCCACUCCAAAGUAUUAUAACAUGCGGGUGGUGACCCACACUACCAUACAUUCUCGUCAUGGAUCCAACAGAUACUGGGAUGCCGCUGGAUACCGUUGCCACCAUGUCAACAGUUCUGGAAGGUAUCUUAUACGGCUUUUCAGUUCUUAUGUUUAUGGGAACCAUUUGGACAUUCACUUACAAAAAACGCAUGAGGGACGUCAAUCGACCAGUCGCUACAGUUGCCGUCCUGCUAUUUCUACUGAGUACUAUGCACGUAGUCAUCGAGAUUAUUCGUGUCGAAGAUGGACUGGUGAAGUUUCGCGACACAUUCCCAGGCGGCCCAGUGGCAUUUUUUGCAGAUGGUAAACAAAAAAUGUUUACGGCCAGGAGUGUAGUGAAUGUCAUGCAAACUCUACUUGGCGACGGAGUAGUGAUUUAUCGAUGUUAUGUCGUUUGGCAGUCUGUCCGGGUGAUCAUCCUACCAUGCAUAAUGUGGUGUGCAAUUGCAGUGUGUGGGGCUUAUAUGGCCUAUGACUUUUCGCUGGUUAGUGAUGCCGAAAGUAUCUUCACUGACCAGACUGGACGUUGGGUCACUGGAUUCAUUACCCUUACCUUCGCAACCAAUUUGUUCAGCUCAGGAUUGCUGGCAUACCGCAUCUGGACGAUCGAACGCAAGAUCUCCACAACUCGCACUAGGAGAGGUGUAAGGCCAAUUGUGCGUGUGCUUGUGGAUGCUGCAGUUCUAUACUCUGUCCAUCUGCUCCGCGAUAAUAUGUCUUGCCCUUUUGAACAAUGGCACAUAUGUCAUAGGAGACUUGAUUAAUCCGAUCAUAUCGAUUGCCUUCUACAUGGUGUUUAUUCGCAUCGCAAUCAAUGAAGAUACUCAGGAAUUCUUUUCGACUGUUUGUGGGACAGGUGAGACAAACCAAAGGAUCCCGCUGCAUUAUCCUAUGCAGCUUUUGCGGACUGC